AUGGCCGGGAUUCGGGUCCGAUUCCGAUCCAACGCCGAUUCCGACGGCGAACUUGGGCUUUUUGGUGAGUUUUUUGAAUUUUGACUCGUUUUUUUGAACUUUUGGUAUUCUGCUUGACCUGUUUACUGUUGGUCUCUAACAUCCUGAGUUGUUUGUUUAUUCCCAGGGACCUUCUUCUUUGUCAGAAUAGGCAUAGAUGUAACUGUUAUGGACCUUGUGUUCCAAUUAGACAUGGCUCCCAGGGCCGAAACAAAUUUGGGAUAGAAAAAAGAUAAAUUGUAGUGUUAAAGUUGAAAUUAUUUUUUCUUGUAAAUAUACCAAAGUAAAGGUGGAUUGAAUUUACACCUGUUUUUUAGUUUUCAAAAAUUUUCAGGGCUUUUCGGCAUUAGAAUAGAAAAUCUCAAACAUUUUGAAGGUCAACUAUAGCAUAAAUUUUAUCUCCAAAGCGCUGUCCAAACAUUUUCCGACGUUUAAAAGUGCAAGUUGCGUACUUAGCGACUACUUUCUUUGAUGAAUUACCCUCUCUUAAUUUAAUUUUCAGUCAUACGCCUUUUGCCCUGAGGCAGUCUCCUCUUAACAGUUUGAGUUUUUUUUUUCACUCCCUAAUUUGAUGACUACUUUAUUUAUCCGAAUUGAAAUCGAAUACAUCCGAGGACACAUUCCCUGAGGCAGUAAGAAGCCAAAAAAAAACGAUGAAUUCGGCCACUUUUCCCCUCUUUUCCCCCCGAAUUCCGCGAGAUUUUUGAGAUUCUCUCCCGCUUUUUGACCGUUCUCGAUGUUUCGUCGGGAUUAAGAGGGCCAUAUGUAAGGGAAACGUGAUUAAUGCUUUGCGUAUAAAAUAAAUCCGGCAUUUUUUGUUAGAAUCCCUGAAAGAACGGGAUUUCCAAACCCAAAACUUCCAAAAAAGUGGUCCCAAUAAUUUAAAACGAGUUGUAAAUCGAGUUUUUGCGCAGGAAAAGGAGUAAAAUCUCGAGCUUUCAGUGUGCCCUUUUCUUUGCCCUCAGGGUUUUCGUAUUUUUUGCGUUGUUUUUUUGAUGAGAACGGCAGCGGAAUUUAUGAAUUAUUUGUGUUUUUUUUUGACUGCUUUAAUAUUUGAGGCUUUCUAGUCCAUUCUCCAUCUAAAUUCGGAAAACUUUGACUAAAUUUAUCUUAUUUUGGACGUAUUUCGAGAGAACUCCAGUAAUUUUGCCACAUUCCCACUUAUUAUGACACUCGAGUUGUUUUUGCCUCGCUGAUGCCCUUGGGCUAUAUAAUUUCUAAUGUUCUUUGUCUUUAGAUUACCGCACAUGUAAAUUGCUACUCUUUUUAAUACAUGUUUUCUGUCUUAAAAAUCGAUGCCUAAAGUGGGAAUUCGGAAGAUUUUUUCCUCAGGAGGUAAGAGAGAGUGUUGUGAGUGACGUUAUUAUAGUCGGGUUGGUGUUGUUUCAGUCGUCAAGGGCAAAAUACUUUUAUUUUAUCUUUUAAAUUAAAUGUGUAAUAUAAAUUAAGUCUAAUUUGUUCCACUUGGUGUUGAUUUGUCUUUAACGGGAUGUUAGAUGUCGUUAUGUAAUUUCCAGACAGUGUCAUCUUAUUUUUUUAUGUUUAGAAUAUGCGAUAACAACUGAUAUCAUGUAUAAUGUAAUGUAUUUUCAGAACGCGAUGAGGUCUCCACAUCGGCACCAACUCAGGUUACGUUCGGGCAGGUGUCCGUCAGAUUCAGCGAAAAGUCUGUUGAGAACACGCCAAGGGUAAGGAUUUCCAAAUUUCAUAUUGUUGUAGACGUUUAGGUACCAGAAAGUGAAAAAAUAUCAUUUUUUUACGAAAAAAUUACUAUAGAGCCAGGCUGUACGAGGCGAGGAGGUCCUGACGAUUAACGUCCUGUUCUUUGAUUUAGUUUAUCAAAAUUGCGAUAAUCUGUCAUCACCUGUUUCGUUUUUAUGUUUUAGAUGGACCCCAAGCUUAUCGUAAUAUAAAAAAAUGAAAGUCGUAAAUAGAACUAGCAUGUCAUUUCAUGUGACAAACACCCUUUUUCUCUUGUUUAUUUCGCAAAAACACCCCUAUUUCGUCCGCUCGAUUGUUUCCUUCCUCCAGAUCUUUGAUUUUGUUUAUUUACCCCAACAAAAACACCCAACGAUCCGUCAUUUUAUUCGACUUUGUGUCUUAGAGUUAGGCUGCUUUACUUCUUUUUUAAAGUUGAGAGGUUUUUGAGAAUGGCGGACUCCUCUUCUGAUUUGGAUUUGGAUCAGAUUUUUGGGUCAGAAAAGGUUUGUUUUAACGUAGAAUAAGAAAAAAGAUGUUUUCGGAUACUGAAAGGCUUUUUUGGAGUGAUGGAAGGCGCUUUUUGCAUAAUGAUGGGCAAAAAUUAUAUUAAUUUAGGUGAUAGCGGGCAUAAAAGUGAAAAAAAAAAUUAUGUAAAAUUUUGGAUGGUAUAUUCAAGUUUGAUUAUGUAAUUUCAGCCGUCCACAUCGUCGAUAUCAUUCCCAUUCUCACGCUCGAAACGGUUUCGCCGGGCCACCGAAGGCGAUAAAGUCCCGGAACAAUCGCCUCAAGAGAAGGUGGAGAGUGCUUAUGAAGUGGUAGAUGAUCAAAGUAUCCUCAGUCUCAAGGAUUCGGAUGACGAAAAACGAAAAUGUGAGUAUUUUCGAGCAACUUGGCCUUUGGACUCAACAAGAAUAAUAUAAUUUUACGUCCUGAAAAUGUAGGAAAUUUGGUUUAAACGAAGGGGAGCAGUUUAGAAGGUAAAUGAGAUUAGAAUCUGCAAAUUUUUGAGUAGUUUUCUUUUCUAUUGAGUGAGUGUGAAACAAAAACGAAUCUUUUUUAUACAAAAAAGGUAUCGAUGAUGUGGAAUAACCGAAAGAGUAAGCAAAAUAAAAUAGGAAAUCACGGGAAUUUGAAUUAAAAUCUCUCCGAAAAUAUUAAACGGACGGUUAGCACCCAAAGUCGGUGGUUUAAUGCGGCCGAUGCGACUAGAAUUGGACGGGUUUCUGAGGGAAAAAUUGGUUAAGCUGCGAAAUUUGGGUAAGUGUACGCAGUUAAGAGUGAUGUAAGCUAUAGCUUGCGGGAUUAUUGAGUGUUUAGAAAUGUGAAAUUGCGUCCAGAGAGAUGUAAUUGGUGUAGGGCGUUGAAUAAUGUUUUUUGGAGCGUUUCAAAACAUUCCGAACGACUUUCCAAAUAAAGAAAGUAUCAAAGGGGAGAUGUGAGUCAUCCGGAGCCGAUCUUCGCAUCAUUUUUUUUCCACAGAAACUUAUUAAAACUUUCCCUAAAAUAUUAUUGCGCAAUAAUUUAAUCUAAUAUUUAUUUUAAUGGACGUGAUAGCGAAAUUUUUGUGUUUCAAACGCAAUAAAAGUACGUUGAAGAGCGCUUUCCACCAACCUGGAGGGGAAAAGAGGGGAGAGACAACAUUUCGGAGGGGAUCCCCGGGAAGUCUCUUUUAACGUUUGAUGUUUUUCGAACAAAGAAUUGCUAUUUUAAGUGUGGAAGGAAGUCUGGAGUGUAAUUCCCGAACUCUCAUGAUCCCCGGAACCCUUCAGACCCCCCUUUUUUGAUCUCAUUUGUCAUGUUUGGGCGUUCGAAAGAUAUGAAUUCAAAACUUUCUUUUUUCUCUCCCCACACCCUUGAAACAUGUUGAAAGUUUUAUUUUCACACUAAAAGUACGAGUGCAAACAGGACCCAUAAGAAUAUUCCGCCUCCCGAAGACUUUGGAAAAGAGAUUCGGAGCCGGAAGAGGGCUAGAGACCGCUCUUAAAACCUUGGCGAUACUAAAACGGCCGACGGAACGAUUCGAAACGGAGAAAAUGCUCGGAUUUCUACGUGGAAAUGACCCGUUCCGAAGCAGUUUAUGGUCCUAAUCAUGUGUUUCCGUUGCCUGCGCAGGAAGGAUUCUAUGCAGUAUCUGCUCAAAGAGCAUGAGGACACAAAAAGUAUUGGAUGUAUGUGCAGUUUAGCGGAAAUUUUACCAAAAAAAUAUAAUAGUUUUUGGAGGAAGCAUGAUUGAAUUAUACAGUAUGUAAUUCUUGUUCUUUUCAGCCCAGAGGCAUCAAAAUCAGGGCGACAAAGAUACGGCUAGCGAGAAUAUUUCGAUCGGAACCACCACUUCCGGAACUUCCGCGCAUAGUUUCAAUGGGUUCCAUAAUGAAAGCGAAGAGAAAAAGAAUGAAGUAAUCAGCGACAAGGACAGUUACGUAUCAACCGAGGGCAAACCGGAGGAAAGCGAAAAUGAGGAGGUCAGUUUUUGAUAUUAUACUUGACAUCAAAUCUUUGAUUUGUAAUUUUUUGGUAAUUUUGAUUAUUAUCUCCUUCUACAGACUCCCAGAAUCCGUCAAGGCGCAGAUAGCGUCUCCCCAGAUCAAGACGCGUACUCUGUCGAGGCCAUGCUUCAUCUGUUCAGCGAGAUUUUCCGUCGCCAUCGAGCUCUCCCCCUCAGGCCAUAUCGCUUUUACGUGUCGGCCGUAUUGAUCCUCCUGUCUGCCGUACUCCCCUCCUUCUUGUCGGGUCUUCUUUGGGGAUUCUAUUUUGCUGUUCUAUUAUUUCUAUACUUUUGUGUGUCGGAUCCAACGGCUCCGCUCACAUAUCCGGGCAAAAAUUAUGUCGCAGAGCCCGAGAUGGUCAAGAAAAUCAACGAAGAAUCGCAAAGGGAGGAUCUACCAAAAGGAAAACGGGUUUUUAAAGGUGAGAGUAGCCCGGGGUUUUAUUUUUUGCUUGGAUUUGUUUUUCAUUUUUUCUUAUUUUAGGUUGGAUGAACAUCCUCAACGAACCUUACAAUCCUAAUACUUUCCAUGUGAAUUCUCUCCAAACUGUCCUGGUCCGUUUGGAUGGUAAAUUACUGAGGAUCUCCAGACCUGCAACGGCUCUUUUGAAGCAUGGAUUCCACACGGAUCCAACGUUGACUGAGACCGAACCCAAAAUGUUGGGACAGUCGAUUUAUGAUCUGACCAAUGCUCGGAUCAAGGUAAGUUUGUGGGAGAGAGAACAUUUUGUGUUAUUUUAAAAGGAGAGACAGUUUUUUUAUUAUCAGUGACGUUUUGUAAUCUAUAUAAUUAAAAGUUUUUUGAAGGUAUUUUUUAAUGUUAUAACCGCUGUUGUUGCAGCUCCGACCUCGCCGACUUGCUCGACGUCGAUGGUUUUCAAGGAAGUACCCAAUUUGCAUCAAACUCUCAUCGAUGAAUGGAGAAUUGAAAACCGUCAGAAAGGAGUCUCUAUUUGCCGGAAUUUCUGAAGCUGUGACAGAAGAGAACCCAAAGGAAAUUGUGAUAAAUGAUGACGAAGGAGGAAAACUGCCAGAGAGAAUGUCGGCUGUUGAUGUGGCCAGAGAAGCUGACGGAUACUUGUCCGAUGCCUCGAGUGAAGCUGAAGAAGGUAAGAAAGUUGAAUUGUAAAUGAAAUUUUAUUUAUAAUUUGAUUAUAUAGCAUGAUGAGGAGGAUGAUGAUAUUGUUUUAGAUAAGCCCUUGCUGAAGAGAUCCGUUUCUGACGCCAAUUUGCCAGCGGCAAGCGGAAAAGUCCAACGUUUGAAGCGCAAUUUCCCAUCGACGAAACCGAAAAGACAGACGAGAACAAUCUAUUUGUUUGCCAGAUGCGCCCGGGAGAAAGAGCGAUGGUUCCAUCGACUGAGAAAAGUGUGCAAUAAGUACCAGGUCUCCCAGGACCCUCCUUUUGAAAGGAGAUCCUCCAUUUGCAUUGGUGGGGAUGGUGAAGGAGAGAAGGUCUUGUCCAGAGACUACUUUUUAUAUAUCUUACAUAACCUCCAGUUUAAUAAGUAAGUGAAUCAUUGACUGUUUGAAGCUCUUCUUGAGUUGAUUAUAUUGUGAAUAUUGUUCAGACAUCUCGAAGAAUCCCUUCUGAUCCAGCAGAAAGUGAGCCUGGAGGUCGAUGACACGAUCCUCAUGGACUUGGGAAGAGUGAAAUGGACAAAGCCGGAGGAGAGUUCGGGAAAAGAACUGGUCUUGGUGGCCAAUUUGAUUGCCUCCAGGGUGUUCUACGACUUUUGUCGGGAUGAAUAUUGGUGCAAGCAGGUCCAGAAUAAGAUACAGACCAAACUAGCGACCAUUCAUGUGAGUUUUUGUGAUUUAAUUAGGAUUUAUGGACCUUGCCUUAGGUCGGAUUUUUGAGUUUUUUUUUUAGAUUUUUAUCUUUUCUGUUUCAGCUUCCAUACUUUAUCGAGACAUUGGAACUAUCCAGCUUUGAUAUUGGUACCGCCAUCCCUCGGAUCGAACGUAUUUAUAAACCCUAUGUGGACGAAUGGGGAGUCUGGGUGGACUAUGAAAUCUGUUACAAAGGAUGUAUAAAACUGGCGCUGGAAACGCGUGUGAACUUGAUGAGGAUCAAAAAACAUCACGACUCGGUGGAUAUGGCCGAUAACAACCCGUUGGCUGCAUCGACGGCAUCAUUAAAUCUGAGGGCCACCCCCACGAGAUACUCUGAUUCAGAGCUCCCAGAGAGUCCAGAAACGUCGCCAGAUGAAGAAUAUGGAAGCAAAUUGAAGCUGAAUGACAAUACACGGUGAGUUCAGGGAUUUGGGAAUAUUUAUUAGGUUGUAUAAUAUGUUAUGACCAUUUUCUUGCAAAAGUUUGAAGUCGAUUAUUUCCUAGCUCAGAUCCCUCCUUAGUUCAACAUACCUAUAGACUAAUAGAGGGCUUAUCGAAGUUUCAUCUAGUGCGUAUUGCAAAGUCUUACGGCAUAGCCGCGAUUUUCUAUUGCUAAAAACUCGGAAGCGCCCCGAUUUUGGCAGGGUACGAAAUAACUCAAGUCACGUCUCUCAGCCAGCCGCUGCUGGUCUCGGAUUGGUGUUAUUGUAAUCUUCAAGGGUCGUAGAAGACGCUGACACAGCAUCGUUACUAGGUAUCAGUGACAACUCAUUUUAUGAGCUGUUUUUCCGGAAGGUUACCGAAGCCGUCGCCUGAAAAAGCGUCUAAAAAGUUUAGCGCCCGGGGUUUCUAUUGUCUAUUGUUAUAACUCGUGGUAAUACGAGAUCACAUACCUGUUGUCACACCAGGCAAAUUUUGGAGCAUGCAGUAAUUGGAAUCUCCAGAAAAAUUUAAGAAUUAGCAGAAUUUUGGAUCAUCCAAUUGAAUUUCAAUUUUUUAGAACUUAACCGCCGCAAACUCUAAGAAUAUAUACUGUCGUUUUCGCCAAGGUAUGUAGUGUAUAUAACCACCAAAAACAGUUCUUCACAAGAUGGCGCUAGGGCGCACUCAAUAAAAGUUUUGAACUCUAGUCCAGCGGCCCUCAAAAUGUAACGAUUUUAAGGAAGCUCCUUAUUGUCACCUGAUACAAGCAGUUUCUGAUUUGAGUAGGUUAUCAAAAAGCAACUCAUAAGUGACUCUUUACAGCUGAACCACGUUAUUUGAGGUGGGAUUAAUUCGAAACGAAUCAGGGUGCAUAACAAUCAAGGUAUACCUCAAUUUAUAUUUUGAACAGUAAAGCUCAGGUAGGGGACGUAGAGUUGAUCCUGCGCAGCGUAUGUAAAAAGGACGCCUCUAGUGUCCUACAGAAGCAUUGUCAUUUCUAGCCUCUCAGAAUUCUCAGAUUUAAGGCGUAUUUUUGCUUUAGCACCUUGGGACGCCCUCAUUUCUUGAUUUCUUUUCUCCGAUGUUUUAGCCGGAGGCCGAUGUGCUACUGGUUCCUGUAAUCUACUGUCUCCACCCUACCCAGCGGUAUGCUAUUCAACUCUGAAAAAAGCAUCAUUAAAGUUUUAGGAAUUUUAGAAAAUUAUGGUCAUAACUUAUUAUACAACCUAAUAUAAUAUGAUUUGUGCCCUUUAUGAAGUUAUAUUGUAGUAGAUGAUGGCAUUUGUUUUAGGGAAAAGAAGAAGACGGGUAGGAAAAUCCUGAAUCUAGUCGAUAAAAUCGCCUCAUCCAACAUCUUCAAAGAGGCAUCAGAGCUGAAGCCGAUCAGGAAAAUGAUGGAAGACAUCUCUUCCACCCGGCUGAUGCUGAACGUCGAAAUCACUGAACUUUCCGGCACAAUGACGAUCAAUGUGCCUCCCCCACCAUCGGAUCGUCUUUGGUAUUCGUUCAGAAAUCCUCCGAAGAUGAGUGUUCGGGCCAUCCCCAAAGUGGGCGAUCGCUCUGUGGUCUUUUCCACUUUAUCCGAAUGGAUCGAAAAUAAGAUUGUACAGGUCCUGGAGAAAAACCUGGUACUUCCUAAUAUGGAUGACACUAUUAUUCCUGUCAUGAGUGGGAAUGAACUUCUGAAAGGACCCAUUAAUGCAUGA